UCCAAGGAGCACAGGCCACUCCUGCAGACACUCGCAGGGUCUCUCCAGACGUCUGGGAAGCAAGUGUGCCGCUGAGGCCGUGGGCUCGAGAGAUGGACAUCUGAGGCCUGCCCUGUGAGACCACCACGGUCUGUGCACUUUCUUUGAGAUUCUUCUCUCUUUUUUUAUUUAUUUGUUUCUUUCCACCUCCAGAACUCAAGAUGCUUGCUGUGCAUUUGGUGUCUUUUUACUUUGCCAAGCUCAAGGAGGACCAGAUUAAGAAGGUCGACCGCUUCUUGUAUGGCAUGCGGCUCUCGGAUGAACAGCUGAAGGACAUCAUGGUGCGUUUCCGAAGGGAGAUGGAGAAGGGUCUGAACAGUGAAACCAACCUCACCUCCACCCUUAAGAUGUUGCCCACACACGUCAGGUCCACACCAGACAGGUCAGAGAAGGGCGAGUUUCUGGCUCUGGAUCUUGGAGGUUCCAAAUUUAAGGUACUGCAAGUGAAGGUUUCUGAAGAUGGGAAGCAAAACGUGGAGAUGGACAGCCAGGUGUACCCCAUGCCAGAGGAGAUCAUGAGUGGCAAAGGCAGUGACCUCUUCCUUCAUGUGGCCGAAUGUCUGAAAGACUUCAUGCAGAAGAGGCAGAUCCAUAAGAAGCAGCAGCCCCUGGGGUUCACUUUCGCGUUCCCGUGCAGACAAAACAACCUGGUAGAUGGUGAGCUGAUAUCCUGGACCAAGAAUUAUAAAGCGAGGGGAGUACAAGGAACCAGUGUGGUCGACGCUCUGCAGAAAGCGGUCCAAAACGUUGGGGGCAUUGAUGUUGACGUCCUGGCUGUGGUCAACGACACGGUGGCGACGAUGAUGACGUGUGGAUAUGAUGACCAGUACUGUGAGGUCGGAGUCAUUGUGGGUACUGGCACUAAUGCCUGCUACAUGGAGGAGCUGCGGCACAUUGACCUGGUAGAGGGGGACGAGGGGCGCAUGUGCAUUAACACCGAGUGGGGAGCGUUUGGAGAUGAUGGGUCGCUUGAAGACUUCUGCACCGAGUUUGACCGAGACAUUGAUUUGGCCUCCAUUAACCCUGGGAAGCAGCUGUUUGAGAAGAUGAUCUCAGGUUUGUACAUGGGCGAGCUGGUGAGGAUCAUCCUGGUUAAGAUGGCCAAGAAGGGCCUACUCUUCAAAGGCAUGAUGUCAGACAGUCUGCGUACCAAAGGCAAACUGAAGACAGCAGACGUGGCUGAAAUGGAGAAGUACAAGGAAGGCUUGAGCAAUACCAAGCAGAUCUUGACCAAACUUGACCUUGACCCUUCAGAAGACGACUGCAUUGCUGUCCAGCACGUCUGCACCAUUGUUUCAUUCCGGUCUGCCAAUUUGUGUGCCGCGGCACUGGCAGCCAUUCUGACCCGAAUCCGAGAAAACAAGAAGGUGAAACGGCUCAGGACAACUGUUGGCAUGGAUGGCACCGUCUACAAGACACACCCACAGUUUGCUAAGCGCCUGCACAAGGUAGUAAGGCGACUGGCGCCCGACUGUGAUGUACGUUUUCUGCUCUCCGAAAGCGGCAGUGCAAAGGGUGCUGCCAUGGUGACUGCUGUGGCCUACAGGCUGGUGUCUAAGCGGCUGGCGAUAGACGAGACUCUCGCUCCCUUUAAGCUGAACCAACAGCAACUACAAAUGGUGAAGCAGAAGAUGAGAGUGGAACUCGAGUGUGGACUCAAAAAGGAUACGCACUACACUGCUUCAGUGAAGAUGCUCCCAUCGUACGUGCGAGGGACGCCUGAUGGAACAGAAAGGGGCAAUUUUCUGGCUCUGGACCUUGGCGGAACCAACUUUCGUGUUCUGGUAGUCAAAAUUCGCAGUGGCUUAAGGAAAUCGGUACGGAUGUACAACAAGAUCUAUGCAAUUCCUUUGGAGAUCAUGCAGGGCACAGGUGAAGAGCUUUUCGAUCACAUCGUCCAAUGCAUCUCAGACUUCUUGGACUAUAUGGGAAUGAAAAACACCCGGCUACCUCUUGGAUUUACAUUUUCUUUCCCUUGCCGACAGACUGGAAUAGACAAGGGUACUCUCAUAAGCUGGACCAAAGGUUUCAAAGCCACAGACUGUGAGGGUCAAGAUGUGGUGGACAUGCUAAGAGAAGGCAUCAAAAGAAGAAAUGAAUUUGACCUGGAUAUUGUGGCAGUGGUGAAUGACACCGUUGGCACAAUGAUGACCUGCGCCUAUGAAGAUCCAAAGUGUGAGAUUGGCUUAAUUGUUGGCACUGGGAGCAACGCUUGUUACAUGGAGGAGAUGAAGAACAUCGAGACAGUUGAGGGAGAUGAAGGCAGGAUGUGUGUGAACACAGAGUGGGGCGGUUUUGGUGACAACGGCUGCAUUGAAUAUCUGCGGACCAGGUUUGACCGAGAGGUGGAUGAACAAUCCCUCAAUGCUGGUAAACAAAGGUAUGAAAAGAUGACGAGCGGCAUGUACCUGGGAGAGAUAGUCCGUCAGAUUCUACUCGACCUGACCAGGCGGGGCUUGCUGUUCAGGGGGCAGAUCUCAGAGAGACUCCGUACACGUGGCAUUUUCGAAACCAAAUUCCUUUCCCAGAUUGAAAGUGACCGUCUGGCCCUCCUUCAGGUGCGAGGCAUCCUCCAGCAGCUGGGUCUGGACAGCACCUGUGAUGACAGUAUCAUUGUGAAGGAGGUGUGCGGUGUGGUCUCACGAAGAGCGGCCCAGCUUUGUGGAGCAGGAAUGGCAGCUAUUGUUGACAAGAUGCGUGAGAACCGAGGACUGGAGCACUUGGAGAUCACUGUCGGGGUGGAUGGGACGUUAUACAAGCUGCAUCCACACUUCUCAAGGAUUUUAAAGGAGACGGUCCGAGAACUCGCACCCCACUGUGACGUCACAUUUGUGCUGUCUGAAGAUGGAAGCGGCAAAGGAGCAGCCCUCAUUACCGCCGUCGCCAAAAGGAUUAACAGCGCUGCGUAAUCUGGCCAGGAUAAGUGAAGGAGGAGGUCUCACUGCUGGGGAGGCUCAUGACAUUCCUUCGGUGAUAAAUAAAAUGGACCUUCAGGAAGUUCAAAUUCAUGGGAGAAGAAGACAGAGGAAUGUGAGCAAUUUCAGAAGACUGCAGCUAAGUCUUGUAAAGUUCACUAUUAAAAAUGGGUUCUGUUUUUUUCUUUUUAUAGUGCCUUUAAUAAUCCAUUUUUUAAAUAAAAAUGACAAAACUGG